AUGAUUAAGAUAGCUCUGCGAAAUUCACGUAAACCAGGCAAUGGCCUCACUUCAGACGAGUCAGCAGCAAUUCAUCUAUAUACAAUGCAGUGGCCUGAAACACAUGCCAGCGUUUAUACUUCACUCAACGAAGCUCUACGUUGUCAAAAUAGAAGAAAUCUCACGCCAUGGUUUCCAUACUUGAAACUUUUCUUUACGGCAUUAUACAAGUUACCAUCAUUGAAAGGUACAAUUUGGCGUGGUGUUCGCGGUAAUUUAAAUGAUGUCUUUGAUGAAGAUUUAAUAUGGUGGGGAGUGAGCUCAUGUACUGAAAAGGUAAAAAUUAUGGAAGAUUUUCUUGGCACCGAUGGUGAGCGAACUUUGUUCAACAUCGAAUGUACCAAUGGCAAAUCUAUUCGAGCUCAAUCUCAUUUCGAAGCAGAGGAAGAAGUUUUACUAUUGCCUGGUACCUAUCUAAAGGUAGUCAGUAGAUGGAGUCCCUCCAAAGACUUGCACAUCAUUCAUUUACGAGAGGAACCUGCGCCAUAUCAAACCAUUGCACCACCAUUUGAGGUCACGCCGUCACCAGUCGACUUACCGUCUCUCAAACCACUGACAAUAGCCAAGGAACCACCGAAAGCACCAACAGCUGCUACUGCACCUGUAAAACCGUCUAGUGAGAUUUUUUUUCUAGAUUUAUCUUUAACCGAUCAAUAA